AUGGCCUCGAAGAUUUUAACUCCAGAAGUGCGUUGGGCCCAAAGAUCCAACGAAACUGACUCAGAAAAAAACUACCUUCUAAUCACAGUCACCAUCCCAGAUUGUGAGGAACCCAAGUUAGACUUGCAAAGCACUUUUUUUGAGUUGACUGCUUUGUCUAAGGGACAUGUUGGCGAUGAAGCUACACACCAGUAUAAAUUGCAUAUUGAUUUCUUCAAGGAAGUUGUUCCUGAGAAAUCUGUCGGUAGAGUGGCAAAUGGUCAACAUUAUUUCUUGAAAAUCUUUAAGAAGGAUUUGGGUCUGGAAUAUUGGCCACGUUUGACUAAGGAAAAGGUUAAGUAUAAUUAUAUUAAGACUGAUUUCGAUAAAUGGGUUGAUGAAGACGAGCAAGAUGAAGUCCCUGAACAAGAUGACAUGGCUGGUGCUGGAGGCAUGGAUCUUGCCAGUAUGAUGGGUGGUGCCGGAGGCGCUGGAGGUGCUGGUGGUAUGGAUCUUGCCAGUAUGAUGGGUGGUGCUGGGGGUGCUGGAGGCGCUGGCGGUAUGGACUUUGCUAGUAUGAUGGGUGGUGCCGGAGGUGCUGGUAAGACUCCAUCCAUGGAAGAAUUGCAAAAGAUACUAGCCCAGCACGGUGGUGCUCCUGGUGCUGAUGAUGGUAAAGAUAGUGAUUCUGAAGAGGAAGCUGAUAAGGAUGAAUCUCAUGCUGAACCUGUUGCAUAG